AAUAUUUGUUCUCCUAAAACUUAAUUUAAAGCUGAUUUUCCUUAUUAUUUUAAUUGCUUUAUUUGCUGAAAUUAAUUAUGUAUCGAGAAAGUCUUGAUUUCAAGAAAGAAUAAACUACAGCCGAAAACGAGUUUUUUCAAGUUUAGUUUUUAUUGUGCACUAAUCAGUCUAAUAUUUAAGAUAAAUUUGUAAACUGAAACUAAUGAAACCGUUGAAAAAAUGUGUACCCACUUCUUGAUUUCUUGUUCUGCAACAUACCUUAACCGCGCCCCCGGGUUUUUAUGAUACUUUCCUGAAUCGAAAACUACCGGUAGUGGCGUCAUCUUUUUUUUGUCUAUAAGGAAGAAUUUUAAAGAAAAAGAUAAAAUUUGACCCCGACGUCACUUUAAGGAAAGUAAAAAUACUACACAAAGUAUCAGGAAUCUUCGAUACCGAAGCCUAACUUAAUCAAUUUUUGUCAAUUAAUAUAGGAAAUGUCUUUAGAAGAGAAAUUCACUAAAGCAGCGGAAGAUGUUACGAAGUUAAAAACUAAACCAACUGAUGAGGAACUACUGGAAAUAUAUGCUUUAUAUAAGCAAGCUUCUAUUGGAGAUGUAAACACUACUCGCCCAGGUUUGUUUGAUCUGAAAGGAAAGGCCAAAUGGGAUGCUUGGAAUUCUAAAAAAGGUAUGGAUCAAACUGAAGCUAAAGAAGCUUAUGUCACUAAGGUCAAUCAUCUUAUUGAAAUCUAUGGUCUGGCAUAAUGGAAAUUAUUUGCUCAACUUUUUUUGCUUGUUAGAGAUUUUUUUUCUACUUAAAUUCAUUUAUUGCUCUUCAGAUGUUUUAAACUUAUCAUCUACUUAAAUAAAUUUAUUAUUUUCAUAUAA